UUGUUAAGUGUGUGUUUUAAACAAAAGUUAGUGGUAAAGAAAUUAUUUUUCUUCAGGUACUGCCUAGGAAAACUUAAAGAGGAAUAUCAAAAUGAGUCAAUCAAGUACAAAAAGACUUUCAAUGAAUACUGUUUUAAUGAAUGCACGAAUUUUUGAUGAGGCCUUGGCUGACGAACCCACAGUGAAAAAAGAACCAAAUGAUGAAUAUGAGAAUGUCAGAGUUAAAAUUGAAAUUGAAGAUAACGACUGUAGCAAUAUAUUUAGUAAACGUAAACAAGUAACAUAUGCAGAAUGUGUUCAAGUGAAACAAGAACCUAUUUCAAUGGACGAGGAUAGUGUCUUUCCAAAUAAUAUUUUUGAUAAAUUGGAUUUGAAGAAUGAGGAACAAUACUUGACGCCGGUUAAGUUAGAAAUAGAGGAACAUACUACCCACAGUGUGGAUUUUAAUUCACGAAAAAGUGCAAAACGCACAGUUUUUCCUAGAGAAUCUCCCUACAAGACGAGACAGUCCCCUUACAAACGAAAUACUGAAGUAAGUUCACCAGGCACAUCCUUCUAUAGCAGAAAUGAAGUUAUUGACAGAAGUAAGGGAACGAAACGCAAAAAUGUCGAAUAUGAAACUGAUCCUGUAGUACUACAAAGACGCCAGAAACAGAUAGACUACGGCAAAAAUACAAUUGGUUAUGAUGUCUAUACAAGAACAGUGCCAAGAAACAACAGACAAGCAGGAGAUCCUCAAACACCAAAUAAAUAUUUGAAGUAUUCCCGCAGAGGUUUUGAUGGUCUCAUAAAGCAGUGGAGAUUGAAGUUGCAUAAAUACGAUCCACCACAAGACGACUAAGACCAUUGCAGUUAAAUUUUAAGGUUAUUUUACUAUGUUAUAGAAGAUAUUUUAUAUUUGGUCUUAUUGACGUGUACUGUUUUAACAAUAAAUAUCAUCUUUAUUUAUUUCAUAGUUGAGAUGAAGUGCUUAUUGUUUAUUGAGGAGAUUUCAACAUUAUCUGAGCUGUGUAAGGCAAUGUUAUGUUAAAAUAAAACACCAGUUUCGAACGA